CAGUUUCUCUAUAUGCACCACAGACGUGACGUCACUUAGUAACCGUUUCUGUUUGUUUUGUUUGUAGACAGGUUGAUCCACUGACUUUGCCGUUAUAUUGUCUGUUAAAGAUUGUUGAAACUUUCGUAAUCGAUUCUAUAUUUUGGUCUGGUCUAGUGAUAGUUUAAGUAGCUUUCCUGUGCCUAACACAUUUUUUAUAUCAAGAAAAGUUACUGUUGUAGUCCUCUGCCUUUAGAGGUUAUGAUUGUUUUCUUGAGUUUGUUGUGAUAUUAAUAGUAAUAAAAAGGAUUUGAAGAUGUUGGGGGAUAGGAACUUUUCUAUGGAGAAGCUAGACACAGAGAAUUUAGACCAUCAACAAGGAGGCUCACAGCAUUCAUUUAAAAUCCGCCCUGACCUUGAUGAAAAAUUUCGUCCUCAGGCUGCCAAAGAAGCAAUCCAAAGUUUAUUGACUGAACAAUUGAGUGGCAAAGUUUAUGCCAAUGAAAAUGUAGAUGAUUUAACAAAAUCAGUAGCAAAACUUGCUCUUGAAAGAGUCAAAGCAAUGGAAUUUCAACGCUACAAGCUGCUGGUCCAGGUUGUACUUGGUGAACAGCGAGGAGCUGGAGUUAGGAUGGGUGCAAGAUGCAUGUGGGAUGCAGAGGCAGAUAGUUAUGCGAGUGCAGAAUACGCAAAUGAUUCAUUGUUUUGUGUUGUGACUGUCUUUGCUGUGUUUGUUUAUUAGCCUAAUCUUACUUCAAUACAAGUUUCUCCAAUUAAAUUUUCUAGUUCCUUACAAUUUUAUUGUCUGUGAUAGGUUCUGUACUUCUGCCUUGCUUUGGUGGACUAAAAAGAUUGUGCAUCUGAGCAAUAGGAUGUUGUAACCUUUGAGAGACUUAUUAUAUAUUUUAAAAGUA